CAAUCGGUGGGGAAAGGGAAAAGUAAUGCUGCUCCGCGUGCUUGUGUGUUGUGUGUGCUGUGCAUUAUUUCAAAUGUCUUAGCGCCGCCGCCGCGAAAUAAAUACGUAAACUAAAGCAAACCGUGUGUGCCAAAACGAAAAAUGCACUAUAACUAAACCCCAACCAAAUUCCUAAAAGGCAGUUGCAUAAAUAAAACUAACAAAUUUCCUGUUAUAAGUUAAAUGUUUGAGUGUUAAUUAAAUAAAUUGUUAAAAUCGUAAACCUAAAGAAUUCGCGUUGAAGCAAACAAACAAUGUUCGUACAGCAAAAUGCCAGUUUUUAACAGUGCAACGCGAAGUAAACCCAAUCAACAAGAAUCAGCAGAGCCACAUUAUCCCGUCAGGAAGCUGGAGGCCCUGCCCAUAAUAGUGGAGCAUGAGGCGGAUGAUUAUGGGCAAACCUUCGAGAAUGGCAACCAGCUUAAUAGCACCUUUACUCGAGAUGUGGAUGGAGAAACCUCGCUGAUCUUGAGCAAGUCGAGCAGUUCCCUAAGCUCCAAUGCCUCGGACGAUUCCCUGAACUCUACCACCCUGAUCACCUGCAAACCAUCCAACUCGAGCAAACAUUUUGAGAACACCUACAAGCUGCUGGGUCAGCAUUUGGACACCAAUUGCCAGCGAUCGGCGGAUAAACUGCAGCAGCUAAAUGAAUCUGGCAGUGAUAUCGAUUUCGACAGCAUAUCCUCCAGCUGUUCCUCGAUGUCGGCGAUUGUCAACGGGAUAGAACCGCCGCCCACGCGUCUGGAACUCGAACUGGAGGCAGUGGAUCGCAUGAGGUGCAUUGUCAAGCAGAUGAAGUCGGGACCAAAGACCAUGGAUGCACCUCAGCUGCUGGGCGGUUCGGCUCCUCUUUUGGCCCUGCUCCACGAUUUCGCCUCCAAGGGACAGCGAAAGAUAGGCGGCAGUGUUCCUGUUACUCCGGUCCAAAGUCCUAUCACCGGUCCCCUGGAGGCACCGCACUUCGAGUUGCCCCCGGAGCUACUGCAGGCAGCCAGCAGCUGGGAACUCAUGUACUAUGCCUCCAAGAAUGUCGAUGGCAAGAACUGCCUGAAGGUGGUGCGCAGUCUGCUGACGAACAAGGUUCUAUGCGGCAACCGCGUUAGCCAGAUGACUCGGGCGUACGAUGACAUUGAGGCCGUGACGCGACUGCUGGAGGAGAAGGAGAAGGACCUGGAGCUGACUGUGCAGAUCGGAAAGGAGCUGCUCACCCAGAACAAUGCCCUCGAGGCCCGGGUUGCCGAUCUGGAGACCGAUCUCAAGGCCUCCAACGACGAUCGCGCCCAGCUUGUCCACGAGCUGCACAAGAAGAACGAGCUUAUCUCGGUGCUUACCAACGAUGCAGACGAUGGCACAGAUACUGACACUCCCACCAUGUCGAAGUCCAUUACGUUGGACCUGCUGCAGCGCAAGGUGAACACUCUGAUCGACGAGAACAAGUCGCUCAAGUGCGAGGCCACCCAAUUGGCCCACCAAACGGACGAGGUGGAGGAGCAUGAGCGCCAGCUGAUGGCCGACAUCAGUGCCCAGUUGAACGAUGCCAAUUCGCAGUACGACAACCUCAGUCUGGAGUUGGAGCGGCAGCGGGAGGAGAACCGACUGCAGCACGAGCAGAUCGUAAGUCUGACAGCUCGCCUGGCGGAGGCGGAGAUGCGGUUGCACCAACUGACGCAAGACAACGACGAGCACCUGUCCCUGCUGCACGUGACCAAGGAGAACCAGAAUGCCUUGGCCCUGGAGCUGGUAGAGUUCAAGCAGCGCUACGAAGAGGUGCUCGCCCUGCUGCACUCGGCCCAGGAUCAGCUGAAGCAGCAGCGCAAGCGGUCUCAGCCGAUGGCUAGAAGCUCCUUCCUCGGUGGCCUGGGCACAAGUGGUGCAGGCGUUGGAGGUGGUCUCUUCCAGCCGGACUCGCUGCACUUUGAGCUGAUGGAGUCGUCGCAGUACUCAGAGAACAGCCUGGACUCUGGCAUAUCCGGCGACAGCCAACGAUCUGCAGACCGCAUUAACCGCAUGAUGAUGAACAUGCCGUCCGGUGGCAUGAGUACAUCCGCCAUGGGCAGCAGCAUCUACGCAGGAGCUGGUAAUGUGCCUCCGUACAAGCGGGUGUUCGACACGGUGCGAUGUGCCGGCAAAAGCGGCAACUACAUGGACAGCGGCAACGUGUCGAUGACCCAACUGGGCGCCAUGUCGAUGAGCAGUUCCUCGGGGCCGCGCAUGGCUUCGAUGGCGUAUCCAGCGGGCUCAUACUAUCGUGGCGGUAGCAGUCAAUCGCUGGGCGUUAAAACUCUGUCCAGCGAGAGUCUCAACUCCCAGUCAGAUGACGGUUAUCCAGCCCAGCCCUCUGGUGUGCCAGGAGCGCCCGGCGCCAAGGAGUUGGAGGCGGCUCUCAAGAGGCUGACGCCGGCGGAGGUAUUGGCCCGCCGUGCUAUGCUGUCUUAUGCGCCGGCUGGAACGUAUAACUAUGAUGAGCCCAUGACUCAUGGAGCAGGAAAAGACCGCAACUCUGACCUCCCGUUGGGUGUGCGCACGCCGGACAGUAUCAUGUCCACCGGCUCCUCUGGAAUGUCGGGCUCUACGAAUCACAUGUCCGCCUCGAUGACGCACCAGUGGCGCCUGCCCGAGAAACUCCAGAUCAUCAAACCGAUGGAGGGAUCGCAGACAUUGCACCAUUGGUCUCGCCUGGCCACGCCCACACUCAGUGGAUUGCUGGACGAGCGUCCCGGCGUUACGAUUCGCGGUGGACGUGGGCUAGACGACCUGGGCAUGCAAAUCUACACGCUCUCGGACGUCGAAGAGGACGUUAGCGAUGAGCUGCCCGGCAAACAGUUCGAAGCGCCAGGCUGCACUUUCACCUACACCAACAGCAUGGUUAUGCAUCCGGACGAUGGCUUUGUUAACGAUCUGUCGUUCCUGUCGCAGUCGCAGAUGUCCUCUCGAAUGGCCUCCACAUCAACAUCAAGACAACCCAGUUGUCCUGCCACGCCCCGCUCUGGACUCUCGCGCAAAAACUCCUGCUCCACAUUUUCGGUAAACCUCGGACUCGCCGGCAUGCUGAAUGAGAGGGGUAUCAAGGCGGUAACGCCCAGUGCCCUCAACACGCCCGCCGGUCCAAACUUCACGCCCACGGUGACGCCAUGCAACAGCCCGGAGGGAUCGCCUCCUCGCGCCCAGUCGCCCGAGCCGCUCUUUGGACUGCUCUCGUCGGGUGCGGAUCUAAUUCGUCGUAAAAUUGUCGGCGAUCAGCACCAGCAGCAGCAACAUAAGCAACGGAGCAGCCUCAGCAAGCAGCAGCAGCAAAAGAUCAUGCUGUCGCACCUGGAGAGACGGGCACUGCGAUCGUUGAACCUCAUCGAGAAGGUGGAGAGCAUUGGACUGGAGAAUAUAAUAAGCGCACAGAGAGGCCUUGGCUCGGGUAUUGCGAACCGCAGUAGUUCGCCGUUGAGCAGUGGCAGCCUGCAGAGUCUGCACACGAGCACCAACAGCAUUGUGGACGACAUACACUUUGAUCGGGCUCAAAUCAAGGGUGUUUUGCAUAGAGGCUUAAAGUCGCCCACGCCCGCAGGACCAUCAACUUCGGCGGCAGCCGGCGUACCUUUAUCGACGAGCAGCAGCACCAGCGCUUACAACAGCGAUGAUAGCGACGACCAGGGUUUAGUGAUGAAGAUCAAGCCAUCAAAGGGCGCGACACCCAAAACCACAACAGCAGCACAACAAAGUCAGCCAACUUCUGGAUCGAGUGCACCGACGACGACGUCCAACGGCACGGCCAGCGAAACGCGGCUGAAGCAGAUGCAGCGCCAGAAAUCGCGGAGGCAGUUGAAGAACGGCAUGGCCAGCCAGAGACCCGAUCUGGGCACAAUUUCUGGAGGCGGCGGUCGGGUGCGUCCCGAUCUGGGAAAAGUUGCCGACAGCGGCAGCAGCAAGCUGAGCAACAAGCGACAUGAGGCGAAGGCAGCGGAGGAGGAGGAGGCGGCACCACAGAGCAUCACACAGGCGUUUGUGGGUUCAGUUAGUUCCUUGCUUUUCGGCCGCAAGGGCGGUUGGCUGUAAAGCAGAUAGCCAAUCAUUCACAACCUUAUUCUAACGCUUGCUGGACUAUAGUUUACUUUUAAAGGAAUGAAAGGAUGCCUUUUGCGAGUUAAAUGAUAUUUUUUUUAAGCACAACGCGGGAACGAGUUGAUUAACGAAACGCAAUGUAAUCGUGGGAACGUUCAGUUUCAUUUUUUUGUUUAAUGCCCCGCAUAAUGCCUGUCAGCGCCACCUUAAGCAACACUGGAAGAAGGUUUUAGUGUUUGUAGCUGUGAUUUGUAAAUACAUAUAGAGAAAUGUUUAAAUUUAGUAGUUAUUAAUCGAGUACUUCGCAUAUUAUUAUUAUUUUGCUUCAACUGACGGCGGCAAUUUAAGAACCAAACGAUGGCCAGUUCGUUGAACACCGAGUUCCAAAGCAGCUAUUUUUAGUUUAAACUACAUUUUGCCAAUUUUGUAUUUAUUUUUCCUGUGUUUAUUACCGCGUAAACGAAAACGAAACCAUGUAUACAUUUAUUUUUAUGAUUUCCCUGUGUAUAGGGUCAAAGCUGGUGCAAAGUUGUAUAUAGAAAGAACAAACAUAAGAGAGAGAUCAAUCUGUAACUUGAAUGUGGUUAAGUAAGGAGGUACAUAUAUAUAUUUUUUUACACGCGUAUAUAGUUUGCGUUUUUUGCUUUCCACACAAGAGACGUGCUCCGUAGACCCUCCCAAUACUGUAUCACAAAGAUCAUAACUCAAAAUGCUAUUGCUUUGACUUAAUUCUUAUUUCGGUGCUUAGCGCACUACCAAACGAAAAUACAUAAACUAUAGCGAGAAA